GUGAACAGCGCAGCCGGACAGGGUUCGCGGGCGGGCGGAGGGCGGAGGCGGCCCGGGCUAGGCUGUCUACGAGAUGUCACGAUGGCUGUGGCCAUGGUCGAACUGUGUCAAAGAACGGGUCUGCCGCUACCUCCUGCAACACUACUUGGGUCACUUCUUCCAGGAGCACCUCAGCCUGGAUCAGCUGAGCCUCGAUCUGUACAAGGGCAGCGUGGCCCUGCGGGAUAUCCACCUGGAGACCUGGUCUGUGAACGAGGUGCUAGAGUCGAUGGCGUCGCCGCUGGAGCUGGUGGAAGGUUUCGUGGGCUCCAUCGAGGUGGCCGUGCCCUGGGCCGCGCUGCUCACCGACCACUGCACUGUGCUCGUGUCCGGCCUCCAGCUCACCCUGAAGCCCCGCCAGGGCCCAGGCCCAGGGGCGGCCGACUCCCAGAGCUGGGCUUCGUGCAUGAGCACGAGCCUGCAGUUGGCCCAGGAGUGCCUGCGGGAUGGGCUGCCCGAGCCCUCGGAGUUGCCCCAGCCCCUGGAGGGGCUAGAGAUGUUCGCCCAGACCAUCGAGACUGUGCUGCGGAGGAUCAAGGUAACUUUCCUGGAGACCAUCGUGAGGGUAGAGCACACGCUGGGGGACCAGGAACGUGGCAUGGCAGUGGAGGUCCUCGUGCAGAGGCUGGAGUACUGUGAUGAGGCCGUGCGGGACCCAAGCCAAGCACCCCCAGUGGAUGUGCACCAGCCGCCUGCUUUCCUCCACAAGCUGCUGCAGCUGGCGGGGGUCCGCCUGCACUUCGAGGAACUGCCCCCACAGGAAGAGCCCCCAAAGCCCCCUUUGCAGAUUGGCAGCUGCUCAGGGUACAUGGAGCUGACAGUGAAGCUGAAGCAGAACGAGGCUUUUCCAGGCCCCAAGCUGGAGGUGGCUGGACAGCUGGGCUCCCUGCACCUGCUCCUGACCCCGCGGCAGCUCCAGCAGCUCCAGGAACUGUUUGGUGCCAUGAGCCUUGCAGACCCCGAGGGCCUGGCUGACAAGCUGAACAAGAGCCGCCCACUGGGUGUCGAGGACCUGUGGCUGAUUGAGCAGGACCUGAACCAGCAGCUGCAGGCAGGGGCCGGGGCCGAGCCCCUGAGCCUAGACCCCCUUGUCAACCUGGACAGCACUGACCUCUUCUUCUCCAUGGCUGGCCUGACAAGCAGCGUGACCUCCGCCCUCUCUGAGCUCUCACUCUCCGACGUGGACCUGAGCUCCUCUGUGUACAGUAACAUGGCCCCCCGCCGGCUCUCGGCCCAGGCCCGCCCAGCCAGCAAGGUGGCCCCCACGCCCCUCCCGGACACCCUGCGCCCCGAUUCGCUGCUGAAGAUGACCCUGGGGGGCGUGACACUGACCUUGCUUCAAACGUCCGCCCCGGACACCGGACCACCUGAUCUCACCACCCGCUUUUUUGCCGAGUUUGAUGUCGCCAAGGAUGGGCCCUUCGGCUCCCGCGACUUCCAACACCUCCGGCCGCGUUUCCAGAAGGCCUGUCCCUGUAGCCACGUCCGGCUAACGGGUACGGCUGUACAGCUGUCUUGGGAGCUCCGGACGGGCAUCAGGGGCCGCCGGACUACCAGCACGGAAGUGUGCUUUGGGCAGCUCGAGGUGCUAGAGUGCCUGUGGCCCAGAGGCGCCUCAGAGCCUGAGUACACGGAGGUCCUGAGCUUCCCCAGCAGCCUGGGCUCCCAGGCCUCCGCUCGGCCCUGCGCCCACCUGCGCUACACACAGACCCUGCGCCGGGUGCCCAAGAGCCGACCCCGGCACCAGGCCGCCUGCCACUGCCACUCGGAGCUGGCCCUGGAGCUGGCGGACUUCCAGGCAGAUGUAGAGCUGGGGGCCCUGGACCGGCUUGCUGCCCUGCUGUGCCUGGCCACCAUGCCCCCUGAGCCGCCCACCGGCCUGAUGACAGAGUCCCUGCCUGCGGUGGCAGCUGAGCAGCAGACACGGACAGUGGUGUGGCUCUCGGCACCCCGGGCCACACUGCAGCUGCGCUUCCCCAUCGCUGACCUGCGGCCUGAGCGGGACCCCUGGGCUGGCCGGGCUGUGCGGGCCGAGCAGCUGCGGCUGGAGCUGAGUGAGCCCCAGUUCCGGUCGGAGCUGAGCAGUGGACCUGGCCCUCCUGCCGCCACCCGCCUGGAACUCACCUGCUCCGACCUGCACGGCACCUAUGAAGAUGGAGAGAAGCCACCCAUCCCCUGCCUGCGCGUCUCCAAAGCCCUGGAUCCCAGAGGCCCUGGGCGCAAGUACUUCCUGCCCCAGGUAGUGGUGACCCUGAACCCGCAGCACAGCAGCACACAGUGGGAGAUGGCGCUGGACAAGGGGGAGGAGCUGGAGGCGUCAGCGUUCGAGAGCCCAUGUGAGCUGCGGGAGCCUGAGCCCUCGCCCUUCUCCUCCAAGAGGACCAUGUAUGAGACCGAGGAGAUGGUGAUUCCUGGAGACCCUGACGAGAUGAGAGCAUUCCAGAGCCGGACCCUGGCACUGUCGCGCUGCAGCCUGGAAGUGACCCUGCCCAGCACCCACAUCUUCCUGCCCAGCAAGGAGAUCUAUGAGAGCAUCUAUAACAGGAUCAACAACGACCUGCUCAUGUGGGAGCCUGCCAACCUGCUCCCCACACCUGGCCCCACCGCGCACCCCCCUGGCUUCCCAAGCCCCUUCAAGAUGUGCAAGUCAGCCUUCAAGCUGGGUAACUGCCUUCAUCUCCCCCCAGACUCAGACUCAGAGGACGAGGAUGCCCACUUCUUCUCAGUGGGGGCACCGGCCACCCCCCAGGCCCCCGCCCCUGAGCCCCCGAGCCCACACUCCCAGAGUACCUUCUCUGCUCUGGUGACAGUGCUGAAGGGCCGGGUCACUGCCCUCUGUGAGAGCAAGGGCGAGGGUGGGCAGCAGCUUGAGGCCACUCAUGGGGAGCUGGUCCUGGACUUGGAGCACAGCACUCUCUUCAGCGUCUCCCAGCACCUUGGCCAGCCGGGGCUCAGCUACUUCUGCCUGGAAGCCGAGAAGGCGACGCUCUACCACCAAGCGGCCAUGGAUGACUACCUGCUGCCCAGUAGCCUGGAAGUGCCCAGCUUCACACCCCCGGCCCAUCUGACCCCCACCAUCUACCCCUCGGAGGAAGGGGUGAUCGAGCAGGGCACCUCGGCCCAAAAGGGCCAGGGCCGGGCCCCCCACAUGCUGUCUACCGCGGUACGCAUCCACCUGGACCCCCGCAAGAACGUCAAGGAGUUCCUAGUGACGCUGCGAUUGCACAGAGCCACCCUGCGCCACUGUGUGUCCCCUCCCGAGCAGAGCUGGCACUCGCAGCUUCUGGAGUUCUUAGACGUGCUGGAUGACCCAGUGCUCGGCUACCUACCCCCGACGGUCAUCACGGUCCUGCACACACAUCUGUUCUCCUGCGCUGUGGACUACAGGCCGCUCUACCUCCCUGUGCGUGUCCUCAUCACCGCCGAGACUUUCACGCUCUCCAGCAACAUCAUCAUGGACACUUCUACCUUCCUGCUCAGGUUCAUCCUCGACAACUCUGCCUUGUACCUGUCCGACAAGUGUGAGGUGGAGGCCUUGGAUCUCCGGCGAGAUUAUGUCUGUGUCUUGGACGUUGACCUCCUGGAGCUGGUGAUCAAAACCUGGAAGGGGAGCACCGAGGACAAACUGAGCCAGCCGCUGUUUGAGCUGCGCUGCUCCAACAACGUGGUGCACAUGCACACCUGUGCCGACUCCUGUGCCCUGCUGCUCAACCUGCUCCAGUACGUCAUGAACGUGGGCGACCUGCACCCCCCACCCCGGCCCCCCAGCCCCACGGAGAUCGCCGGCCAGAAGCUUGCGGAGAGCCCUGCCUCCCUGCCCUCCUGCCCCCACGUGGAGACAGCCCUCAUCAACCAGCGGGACCUGGCCGAUGCGCUCCUGGAUUCUGGGCGCAGCCUGCGGGAGUUGGCCCAGCCAUCAGGUGGCCCCCUCCCUCAGGCCUCACCCGUGUCAGUCUACCUGUUCCCAGGUGAACGGAGCGGGGCCCAGCCCCCUUUGCCAUCUGCUGGGGCCCCCGCCAGCAGCUUUGAGUCAGAGGACAAAGAAGAAGAGGUGGAUGGAGACACCCUGGACAGUGAUGAGUUCUGCAUCCUCGACGCCCCUGGCCUGGGCAUCCCGCCCCGAGAUGGGGAGCCCGUGGUGACGCAGCUGCAUCCAGGCCCCAUCGUCAUACACGAUGGGCACUUCUCCCGGCCGUUGGGCAGCACGGACCUGCUGCGGGCGCCCGCCCACUUCCCAGUGCCCAGCAGCCGCGUGGUGCUUCGCGAGGUCUCCCUGGUCUGGCACCUCUAUGGCGGCCGAGACUUUGGCCCCCACCCCGGCCACAGGGCAAAAGUUGGCCUCUCGGGCCCCAGGGGCUCCCCUUCCCGCAGCUCCGGCCCCAGCCGGCCCCAGAGCUCGUGGCGCACACAGGGAGGCAGUGGGCGGCAGCACCACGUCCUCAUGGAGAUCCAGCUCAGCAAGGUGAGCUUCCAGCACGAGGUGUAUCCAGUGGAGCCCCCGCAAGGCCCCAUAGCCCCCGGCCUGGAGCUGGAGGAGCAGCCACUGUCCCGCCAGGUGUUCAUUGUGCAGGAGCUCGAGGUGCGCGACCGCCUGGCCUCCUCCCAAAUCAACAAGUUCCUCUACCUGCACACAAGCGAGCGUAUGCCACGGCGCGCCCACUCUAACAUGCUCACCAUCAAAGCGCUGCACAUGGCCCCCACGACCAGCCUGGGGGGCCCCGAGUGCUGCCUCCGUGUCUCCCUGAUGCCCCUGCGGCUCAAUGUGGACCAGGAUGCCCUCUUUUUCCUGAAGGACUUUUUCACCAGCCUGGCUGCCGGCAUCAACCCCAUAAUCCCGGCAGAGACCUUGGCUGAGGCUCACCCCGAGGCCCACGUCCAGCCCAGCAGCCUCCAGGAAGGGCAACCCAAGGGCACAGAGACAACUGGCCCACAGGAGACCUCAGGCGGUGGCUGCAGGGCCUCCUCCUUGGAGCAGCAGCCCAUCUACUUCAGGGAGUUCCGCUUCACGUCCGAGGUGCCCAUUUGGCUGGAUUACCACGGCAAGCAUGUCACCAUGGACCAGGUGGGCACAUUUGCCGGCCUCCUCAUCGGCCUGGCCCAGCUCAACUGCUCCGAGCUGAAGCUGAAGCGGCUCUGCUGCCGGCACGGGCUCCUGGGCGUGGACAAGGUGCUGGGCUACGCCCUCCAUGAGUGGCUGCAGGACAUUCGCAAAAACCAGCUCCCUGGCCUGCUGGGGGGCGUGGGCCCCAUGCACUCGGUCGUCCAGCUCUUCCAAGGCUUCCGGGACCUGCUGUGGCUGCCCAUUGAGCAGUACCGGAAGGACGGGCGCCUCAUUCGGGGGUUGCAGCGAGGGGCCGCCUCUUUCGGCUCAUCCACCGCCUCCGCCGCCCUGGAACUUAGCAACCGCCUGGUGCAGGCCAUCCAGGCCACAGCUGAGACAGUGUACGACAUCCUGUCCCCCGCGGCACCUAUCUCACGCUCCCUGCAGGACAAGCGCUCUGCACGAAGGCUGCGCAGGGGCCAGCAGCCCGCUGACCUCCGGGAGGGUGUGGCCAAGGCCUACGACACGGUUCGAGAGGGCAUCCUGGACACGGCUCAGACCAUCUGUGAUGUGGCGUCACGGGGCCACGAGCAGAAGGGGCUGACGGGCGCUGUGGGAGGCGUGAUCCGCCAGCUGCCCCCAACAGUGGUGAAGCCGCUCAUCCUGGCCACAGAGGCCACGUCUAACCUGCUUGGGGGCAUGCGUAACCAGAUCCUCCCCGACGCCCACAAGGACCACGCUCUUAAGUGGCGCUCCGAGGAGACCCAAGACUGAGCACGGGGCACUGCCUACCCCAACCCUGGCCAGCACACCCGCUAGCCCUGGGGGUGCUGCCAGCUCCCGUGCCUCCUGAGAACUGAGGCCACAGCUGGGCUGGCCCUUCAGGGGAUGGCCACCAGAAGGACACCUCUGCCUGGCAUGCCCGGUGCCAAUCGCUGUGAGGCGGGGCCUCCCUGCCCUGGGGCCCAGGCCCCAUCUCUGCACUUUUCCUGUGGGGGAGAAAGGACACACCUCUCACCGCCACCUGGGCCCACACUGCUGCUUUGUCCCCAGACAGAGGCUCUCGGACCCUCGGACUCUCGGACCCGACCCCACGCAGCCAAGUGUCUUUUUGUGUCUUG